GCUGGGCGCCGAGGUUGUUCGUUCGCUGCGGAGCCGCCGCCGCCCUGAGAUUUUCCAGUGCUGAUCAGAUUGUGGUUUUGAAGUGGAAGCCGCAUUUAUCCUGUUAGAGUUGGUGGGAUUACGAUUGUCCAUUAGCAGAUUCUUGCUAGGAUUACUGAGGAGGCCAUGGCCAGCAGAGGAGCUUCAAGGCCAAAUGGUCAGUCACAAGCCAACAAGAUCUGCCAGUUCAAGCUAGUGUUACUGGGGGAGUCUGCGGUGGGCAAGUCCAGCCUGGUUCUGCGGUUUGUUAAAGGCCAGUUUCACGAGUACCAAGAAAGCACUAUUGGAGCCGCGUUUCUCACACAGUCUGUCUGCCUGGAUGACACCACAGUGAAGUUUGAGAUCUGGGACACAGCUGGACAGGAGCGCUAUCACAGUCUGGCUCCCAUGUACUACAGAGGGGCUCAGGCUGCCAUCGUGGUUUAUGAUAUCACUAACCAGGAGACAUUUGCACGAGCAAAGACAUGGGUGAAAGAGUUACAACGGCAAGCCAGUCCUAAUAUAGUGAUUGCGCUGUCGGGAAACAAGGCAGAUCUGGCUAACAAAAGGAUGGUGGAAUAUGAGGAAGCCCAAGCAUAUGCAGACGACAACAGCUUGUUGUUCAUGGAGACCUCGGCAAAGACGGCGAUGAACGUAAAUGAUUUGUUUUUGGCAAUAGCCAAGAAGUUGCCAAAGAGCGAACCGCAGAGCGUCACCGGGACCCCGGGCCGGAACCGAGGCGUGGACCUGCACGAGACAGCCCAGCAGAAUAAGAGCCAGUGCUGUAGCAACUGAAGGAAAGGGGGGGAAGGGAGUUUGCUCCGAGACGUCACAACUGCACACUCAAAAUUAAAUCUCAGCAUCCGCGCUUUGCAAUGCUUGAGUAAAGUACCUGCGGAGUGGAUGAUGUGGGACUUUGACGUCCACCGGUCUUUACUUUGUACUAUAGAUGCAAAUAUCUACUUAAUGGGUUUUUUCUCUUGUGAUUUAGUUGCCCCCCCCUUCCCCUCUGCCCCUCAAUAUUUUUAUUAACCUUCUCUCACUAGGUGGAUCCACGUCUCUGUGUCUCUGACCCACAACCAGAUCCUUCCAAACCUUAAAAAACACGUGUAGAUUUUUGUUAAGGACAAACUCUGUAAAUUGAAUCGCCACCGAUUUUUUUUUUGUCAUUUGAGAUUAGCACAAGAUGGCAGUAUCCUAUCCUUCUCCCACCCACCC